AUGGUACCCAAUCCCAAUCUUGAUUCACCUCUAUGUUGUUUUUGUGGUGAAGAUUACCCAGGUCAAGAGAGAACUCAAGUGAUCUGGGACCCAUGUCAAUGGAGCAAGGAUAACCCAAACAAAGUCAACAUGAUGGUACCCUGUCUUAUCUGCUCAGCCCAAUUUGAGGCCCUCAAGACUCAGUUGUGUGGUCAAUGCAAAACGUUUCCAAAGGCAGUUGGACUUAUUAAUCCCCCUCAAACCCCGGGGCCACUGAUCAAAUUGCCAGGCAAAAUAGCUGUUACUUCAAACACUCAAUUUCCAAUACUCUCAAGUUCUCGCUCUUCACUUCCCUCAAGCUCUCACUUAUCAGUACCUCUUAAUGCAGCUACACCUUCAUCAGCUCAUUAUGUAAUGCAAGUUGAGAAUAGUGUUCAAAGAGCAAUUGCUCAGGCUCAUGAACUUCAAUCUUGUCAACAUCAACUGCAGAUCAACAAUCAUCAAAAGCCCGUGGUUCCUUAUCCCCCCAGCUCUGAAGAUAGAGCAAUCGAAAGAUCCAAGAUAAAGAAAGGAUCAGAAUCAAAGACACCAAAGACAACUGGAUUUAUAAAGAUUACUAUUGCUUAUAUUCUGGAUCAUGAACUUGUUGAAACUCAAUUGAGUGGUUCUACCUUUGAAUAUGAUUUCUCAAAGCCAGAUAGGAUGCGGGAUUUGACCAAAGAGGACUGCAAUUACUUUAGAGACAAUCAUUAA